CAGCCCGUAGACAGAAACCGAUCUAUUUUACUACGCGACUCACUCUCACGCCAAAGUAACGUUCGACAUGAGGGCCCUGAUUUGCCUGGUGCUGAUCUCCGCGGCGUUCGCCACUGAGGAGAAGGCCGUGAAGAAGCGCGGCGUAAUCGGUUUGGGUGAUUACGGCGGUUAUGGUGGCUACGGUGGCGGAUACGGCGGCGGAUAUGGCGGCGGAUACGGCGGUGGAUACGGCGGUGGAUACGGCGGCGGAUACGGCGGUGGACACAGCGUCGCCGUCGCCAUCGCGGAGAAGCCCGUCGCCGUCCCAGUCGCGGUCCCGCACCCGGUCCCCGUCGACCGCCCCGUGCCUGUCAAGGUUCCAGUCGCCGUGCCGCACGCGGUCCCAGUAGCCGUCCCGGUACCGCAGCCGUACCCUGUGGUCCAUACCAGGACGGUCACGGUUCCCGUAGAGAAGCCUUACCCAGUCACGGUCCCGGUUAAGGUGCCAGUGCCAGUGCCCGCCCCUUACCCCUUGCCCGUCACGGUAUCCCACCCAGUUCCAGUUGCGGUCCCUCACCCCGUACCAGUCGCUGUCCCGCAUCCGGUCGUCGUCAAGGAGACGGUCCCCGUCUUCGUUAAGAGCCACGGCUACGGCCACUAUUAGAUGAAUUUCCUCCCCGAGAGUCAUGCGCGCAUAUCCCACCCUGCCUUACCUACCUACCUACCCCAUCCGCUCCCCAGCAUCGCAAAAUCCAUCGUGACGGGCGGCCGAACCCGAAGACGCUUGUUCCUGCCGUCGCAGCACUUUGGACUCACGAAAUAAAUCAAUUUUGUAAAUGUUUUCGUAAAGAAAGAAA